GUGAGAUUGAAACCGCGGCGAAGAGAGAACGCGUUGUCGAUCUGUGCACCGCUCGCGCGAUCACGCUCGAAUAUAAUAUAAAUUCGAUUUAUUUAAUAAAAAACUCAUUAUAUUUCAAAUAAAAAUAAUAAACAAUCUUAAAUAAAAAAAAAUAUUUGUAAGAAUUAUUAUUAUUUCAGUCUGUAAAUUUCUUUUGCGAAAUAAACAUUUGAAUUAUGAACUCGAAAAUUUUUGGUUAAGAAUUAUUUUUGUGGAUUUUACGAUGAUGAUGGCUAGUGCAAAGUUGGUGAGGGAUUGCAGCUCGGAGCUGAGCUCAGACGUGAGGUCCCUGUCGGUGGCGUCUUCCACAGAGGAGCAGGAGUCUACCACCUCUGAGUCAGAGUACACUGAAGAAGAGAAAGAGUAUGAAUUGGACGACCUUCAAAUCCUUAAAACUAUUGGUACGGGAACAUUCGGGCGGGUUUGUCUGUGUCGGGACAAAGCCGCUGACGAAUACUUGGCGAUGAAAAUCCUCUCCAUGGCCGACGUCAUCCGUUUAAAACAAGUCGAUCACGUCAUGAACGAGAAGAAUAUUCUAGCCGAGAUCAAUCAUCCCUUCAUAGUUAAUUUACGGUGGUGGACGCAUGACGACUCGUGUAUCUACAUGUUGUUCGACUACGUGUGCGGCGGGGAGCUGUUCUCCUACUUGAGGAAUGCUGGCAGGUUCAGCAAUAGCAUUGGUAACUUCUAUGCAUCAGAAAUAGUAUCAGCUCUAGAAUACCUUCAUGCAAGAAACAUAGUAUACAGAGACUUGAAGCCAGAGAACCUUCUACUGGCGAAGGACGGACACCUGAAGAUCACAGACUUUGGGUUCGCGAAGAAACUGACGGAUCGAACCUGGACCCUCUGCGGGACCCCGGAGUACUUAGCCCCUGAAAUUAUCCAGAGCAAAGGACAUAAUAAAGCUGUCGAUUGGUGGGCUUUAGGAGUGCUGAUCUACGAGAUGCUAGUGGGCUAUCCCCCGUUCUAUGAUGACAACCCGUUUGGAAUAUACGAGAAGAUCCUCAACGGGCGCGUGGAAUGGCCACGACAUCUGGACCCAGUGGCCAAAGACAUCAUCAAGAAACUUCUCGUCCAAGACAGGACCAAGCGACUGGGAAAUAUGAAGUGCGGGUCGGAGGACGUGAAGAGGCACAGAUGGUUCAAGCACAUAGACUGGGCUGACGUCUUUAUGAAAAAGUUGCAGCCGCCGAUCAUCCCGUCAGUGUCAUACGAAGGGGACACGUCCAACUUCGACGAGUACCCGGAGACUGACUGGAAGUCUGUGCGGUCCCUCGACCCUGAGGAGCUCAAACUCUUCGCCAACUUCUGAUCAUCCUCGCACGACACCCGCGGACAACAGUAGAUAACCAAUUACAUAGAGAAUACCUUCAAACUUCAACUUUCUAAGUUACGACAAGAAAAUUAAUCAAAUUCCUUAGUUGAAGUAUAAAUAAUGAGUCUUAUUCUUCAUCAUUUAUCAAUGAGAUUAGUCGAGAGUUAUUCUUUAUUACUCUUUACUACGGAUUUGAUUGUCUAGCAUCGUGAUAAAGGUCAUCUCUUGGGUUGGAAGUAUCCGAAUAUAGUUCCGAUUCUCGGAGAGGCUGAUUAACAAGUUCUGUCAAAUAUGUCAUGGGAAGGAACUAAUAAAUGGAAUGUAAAACCGCAGUAUUUAGGGCCCUAUCUCACUAGGACACCAUGGUGGCAUGGUUGUUAUCAAAUAUAUGCCGAUGUAUAUAGUAAAGAGUACCUCGACUGGUAGCGCAUUCAAUUUGUUGCCGGCAAUAGAAUCCCGAAUAAUUUCCCGUUGGCGGCGCAACCAUAGUGUCCUUGUGAGACGGCGCUUAGAAAAUAUUAACAUUAUCACAUAUUGUUCAAUAUCACUAAUAAUAUGUAACUUAUUAGAAAAAAACUUAUUAAUAAACAAUGUAACAUAUGUCAAAUGAAUUCCCGUAGCAGAUGUAAAAACUCGGUUUAUAUUUAAAGAUCUUUUGUCUGGCAUAAAUAAAAGUGCAUUUACAGAAGUUAGUUGGAAAAUUAUAUUUGUAAGAAUAUUAUGGUUUGAAAUGCCGUCAAUAUGAGGCUUUCUUAGAGGAUUUGUAAAUAAAAUAUUAAUAUUAUAUUAGGUAUAAUGCGCAUUACAAUUCCAAUGCUUUCUAGUGCAAAGUGUAAUAUAUAAGUUAUUUUUAUUUGUAAGUAUUAAGUGUACGACCGAAUGAGGUCCGAUGUUUGUGAUUUAUUAUUUCUCGAAUAUUGGAACGACUGUUAAGACUCACUCUUUAUCAAAUCUUCCUACACUAUCUGUAAGAAUGAAACAUUAUGUACCUACAUCCUAAUAGUUCUCAUAGGGCGUUUUGUUAGCGUAUAAGUUUUUGAGUUAAACCUGCGUGGAUAGAUUGCUUUAUCUCACUUAGGUACAUAUUUGUUCUACAAUAAUCGAGUGUUUUAGGUUUUAGUAUGCGUUCCAGUAUUUGAGCAUUAGAAUUUAUAAGUACAUCCUUUGUUUAACGGAGUAAGUAUUUAUUUUAUGUGUGAUAUUGCACCGUUUUCGUGUGUUGCAAAGGUUCUGUAAUCAAAAUUACUUAUCUGAUUUUGUGGCCACUUUUUUAAAAAUCCGUCCGAUAUUGACCCUAUGUUCCCCUUCGUAGAUUGUUUUAUUUUCUUUAUUCUUAAUGAGGAAAAGAGAAGGCUGAUGGGAAUAAAUUCGAAUUUGUCGACAGAAAAAUACUUGUUUGAAUUGUAUUCAGAUUUGAUGCGAAGUAAACAUUUUAAAGAGGAGUUAUGGAAUACCUACACGUUUAAGUUCAUUUGAAAUUGUAAGUAGGACGAAUUUUCAAAAGAAUAUACCUAUUAUACCUACUGAUUGGAAUAUCUACUGUAAGUACGUAUAAAUAGCAGCAUUCCAACUCGGUAAAUUUUGUUGUUUUUUUCAGGGGCCUGUUUAAUAAAACUUACAAUUGUAAAUUACAAUGACAAUUUGAUGUACAUUGCGAAGUGUGUGAUCACGAAUAUUUUGCAGUUUCAUAUUAGCUACGUAAUGAACAUCAAAUUGUCAUUGUAAUUUACAAUUGUAAGUUUUAUUAAACAGGCCCCAGCUCUGUAUUUCGUUAUUCCCGAUUUGGAAAGCUAGCAAAUGUAUCUAGUUUAUUAAUAUAAUAAGGCGUAUGUGUCGUUGGGCCAUAUUUACUUACUGUGAUCUUCGUAGUCAGAUUAGCUCUACAUAACAUCGGCGAAUGUAGCUAACUUCUAAAUUAAACAGUCCUAAUAGUAAACUAUAUUAAUAUCACAAUUAAUGAAGUUACAUAAUAUUAUUAAAUUAUAACAGGGUUGUAAAACGUAAUGAUUAGAAAUUAGAAUUGUAAAAUAAAUGUGUUGUUUAAAACGAA